AUGCUACGCGGUGAGCUUUACAACCCCAUGCAUCCGGGUCUACUCAAGGAGCGACAAGAGACCCGCAAGUUGAUCAACAAGUACAACAAGCUCGACAGCGCUGAGAGCUCCGAGGCCCAGGAGAUUCUCACCAAGAUGUUAGGCGCCAAAGGUCGCGACUGUGUCAUCGAGAUGCCGUUUCGCUGCGACUGUGGAUCAAACACGCGACUGGGGGACAAUGUGUAUAUGAACUCCAACUGUAUCCUUCUCGAUGAAGGUGAGAUCACAAUUGGCAGCCGGGUUAUGCUUGCUCCUAACGUGCAGCUUUACACGGCUACACACCCGUUGGAACCGAAGAUACGAGCUACUGGGUACGAGCGGACCAAGCCAAUCACAAUUGGAGAUGAUGUUUGGAUCGGAGGCAGCGUGGUGGUUGUGCCUGGAGUAAUGAUCGACCGUGGGGCUGUGAUUGGAGCUGGCAGUGUCGUGACCAAGAACGUGCCUCCUAUGUGCGUGUAUGCUGGCAACCCGGCGAAGUUCAUCAAGAAGAUCGAGAUGGAGUAG